CUGGAGUGCGCAAAGACAAAUGCUUAUGACUCUGUGCAAUCUUGCCUCUGAUCUCGCUUCCUCCGAUCUGUCGACGACGGUGUCCGACAUCGUCGUCGACGCUGUCUUUGGUCUGACGAGGCAAAGAGCACCACGGUCGCCCGUCUCCUAUCGAAAACGCGAGCGUUCAAACAGCCCGCGAAGCCACCGCACAAUGGCUCACACCUGUACGUUGAUCCGCCCGCCCGCUCAACCUCCCACUCAAGCAGAGGGGAAAAAGUUCUAUCAGGUCCAGUUACUCUUGCCAUUCGGGUCCUUGAGGCGGAAAAAAAGGGAAGAAUAUCUCGAAUAAUGAAUGUCCCUUUCGUCUGGGAUACCGACGGGAUCCCGUCGCCAAGGUUGUAGCGCGAAGUUGCUGCUGCCUCUCGGCAUGGCUUGGGCAUUGCCCUGCCCAGCCGGCAUUGCCAGUUUGAACUAAAAUUAAAGAACCAACAAAAACCCAAAAUGAAAGAAACGAUAAAUCUCCAGAGCGAAAAGGCAGACAGCAAUAUAUGGGCC